AUGUCUACUGAUACCGUCGGAAAAUUCGAACAAAUGAAUAGCCAUACUACGAGUAAUGAUGAAUUAAUUGCUAUCGAACUAGAAAUAGUUGAAAUCGAUGAUCAAAUAAAUCGACUUCGUCAUCAACGUUCCUGUUUAAUUAAACGAAAGCAACAGCUAAAAGUAACUAUUGAACAAUAUCAACCGAGAACAACAGGAGAUGGCAAUGAACAUUGGCAACGAACGGAUUUUCCUUGGAAUUCAAAAAUAGAUGAAAUGCGUACAGAAAUAUUCAAAAUAGAUUCAUUUCGACCAUGGCAACUUGAAACUGUUAAUGUGACACUUGCAGGUCACGAUUGUAUAUUGAUUAUGCCAACAGGUGGUGGUAAAUCAUUGUGUUACCAAUUACCAGCUGUUAUUUCCGAUGGAAUAACAAUAGUUGUUUCACCAUUGUUAUCUUUAGUUGAGGAUCAAAUGUAUGCUCUUCGAAAAUUAAACAUCGAUGCUCGUUCACUUAACACAUCGACACCACGCAAUGAACAAACAGAAAUACUGCAGAUUCUUGAUGGAAGAAACAGUUCUGUGUCAACAUUAAAAAUUCUUUAUUUAACGCCAGAAAAAAUCUCUAAGAAUAAAUCAAUUAUGGCCAAACUACAAAAACUCUACGAAACAAACAGAUUCUCAAGAUUAAUUAUCGAUGAAGUUCAUUGUGUUUCACAAUUCGGACAUGAUUUUCGACCAGAUUAUAAAUAUUUAUCGAUUUUUAAACGUCAAUUUCCAAAAGUAUCUAUUUUGGGUUUAACAGCUACAGCAACAUUAAAAGUGAUCGAUGACAUUCGAAACAUUCUUAAAAUUCCACGUUGUGUUUUGUUUCGAGCACCAUUCAAUAGAAAAAAUCUCUUCUACGAAGUAUAUCACAAAUCGAGCGUUGGAAAAAAUACUUUAAAAGAUCUUGUAAAUUGUAUUCAAAAUCAAUUUGAUAAGCAGUCAGGUAUUGUUUAUUGUUUAUCACAAAAAGAUGUCGAAGAUGUAUGCUUUGAAUUACAACAAAACAAUAUCAAAGCCGGUUGCUAUCAUGCGGGUCUUUCAGCUACAGCUCGCACACAAAUACAUGAAAAAUGGUUACAAAGCAAAGUUCAUGUUAUCUGCGCAACGAUUGCAUUUGGCAUGGGCAUAGACAAGCCCGAUGUACGUUUUGUUAUACAUCAUUCAAUAAGCAAAUCAAUUGAAAAUUUUUAUCAAGAAAGUGGGCGUGCUGGUCGCGAUGAUCAACAAUCGCAUUGUAUACUCUUUUUCCGAUUUACUGAUGUUUUCCGACUAGCACCUAUGGCAUUUGCCGAUAAAUCAGGAAAUGGUCUUCAAAAUCUAUAUUCCAUGAUAUCUUAUUGUUUAAAUGAAUCUCAAUGUCGUCGAAAGUUAAUUUCAAAAUAUUUUGAUGAAGUAUGGCAAUCGAACGAUUGUAAUCAAAUGUGUGAUAUAUGUAAACGAUCGUCAACAUCGAUAACACAACGCAAUUGUCGUGAAGAAGCGUUGAUUAUAAUUGAUUGUUUAAAUGAAAAUAAAAAAGAACGUUUAACAGCAAUUAAAUUAAUUGAAAAAUUGUCAAUUAAAACAAUGGCUAAACUUGAUUUACAAAGACUUAUUUUACAGUUGAUUGUGGAGCAAUACUUAAAAGAGGAUUUUCAUUUUACAUCGUAUGCAACUACUUGUUAUCUUAAACCAGGACCACGAGCUGAAUAUGUUAAAAAUGAAAAAUGCCAAAUUUUACUUGAUAUUGUUGAAAACGCCAAAAGACCAACAUUGACUACAAAUAGAAAAGGAGCAAAACAAACAGCUAAUAAGAAACUUUCAACAACAACAACAGUUACAGAAGACCGGCCAAAACUACAAAUGGUUACGAAUACAGAACCAGUCGCAAGACCUAUUCGAAGAAAACGACGAAUUUUGGAAUACGAGGAUGAUGAAGACGAUGAUGACAAUGAUACGAAAAAUAUACCAAUCUUAAAAAGAGCGAAUACGUCGUCAAAUGAUAACAUGGAUGCAUCUUAA